AUGGUGUGGGCCAACAGCUCGGGACCUGGCUUCGAGCCCUAUGGCGGCGGUCCCCGCGGGGAUGGCCACCAUGGCAACCAUACUGGCAGCAAGUGGGGCGGGCGAGGUCGCGGUCCCCGGCCUUGCAACGGGUCUGCGCCCGCUUACUUUGCCGCCAAAUUCCGCAACUUCCAGACGAUCAAUGCUGUCGGGUACGCGAUCACGCUCUUGAUCGCUGUCGGCCUCGUCCUCUACCUCCGCCGGCACCGGUCGUCGGCGUACUCGGGCAACACGGCUGCGGCGCGCAAGGUGCUCCUACCGUCCUUUGAGCCGCUCUUGUGGGCGGUCAUUGCCAUCUCGGGGCUCUACUGUCUCUACUUUGUCUUCGCCGCCGCCACCGACGACAUGUUCGCCGUGCACUCGCCCGUCUUUCUGCAAGCGCUGCACCAAGGCCGGCAGUGUCUCUUCUACCUCAUCGUGGCCUUUCUCCAUCAAAGCAGCGUCUCGCGCCGGGCGCUGUGGCGAGCGCUGCUCAUUGCGCUCUUGCUGGCGCUCCUUCCGAUCGCCCUCUUUCUCGUGAUCCCCGAGACGAACCGCGAGGCCAUUCCGAUUGCCGAAGCCGUCUACCUCGGUCUGAUGCUGCUCGGCUUUCUCAAGCUGCUUCUGUGGCCGCCGUUGCGCGCCAGUCGAAGCGCGUGGCGGCAGUUUGCUCUCUUUGCGAUCGUGUACUUCGCCACAUCAUGUGCGCACCACUGGCUCUUCGCCGCCGCCGGGUGGCAAGCCGGCACCAUCCUGGUCUUCUUCAGCACGAUCUGGGCGGCGAUGCUGCCGUACUUUAUCUGGCGCCUCCUCCAAGCCGACACCAACUACUGGCGCGGCCUCGGGCAGCACGCGGCCAUGGCCUCGCCGCACGACCACCGCCGUAUCCACGAGAUCGUGUCGGCGCAAGGUCUGCACGUACUCCUCGAAGUCCACCAGCACGACGUCAUCGACUUUGCGCAUCUCGAGCUCCAAACAAAGAUCGGUGUCGGCGCGACCGCCACCGUGUACAAGGGCCUCCUCGAGUCCAAGCAGCCGGUGGCCAUCAAGGUGUACACGCCGCGCGAGAUUUCCGAAGCGACGAUCGCCGAGUUCUCCGAGGAAACCGCGCUCUGCGCCGUGCUCAAGCACCCAAACAUCGUCGCGUUCUACGGCAUGUGCGUCUCGCCGCCAACCAUCUGCCUCGUGUCCGAGCUCUGCGAGUGCUCGCUGGACGCGCUGCUGGCGGGGCCGCAAACCGAGCUCGCCGAGCCGCUCUGGCCACGCCUCUGCUACCUUCUCGACGCCGCCCGCGCUGUCGCCUAUCUCCAUAGCUUUCGCCCGCCAUUCGUCCACCGCGACCUGAAGCCUAGCAACUUUUUACUGGACGCGAAUCAUGUGCUCAAGCUCACGGACUUUGGCGCGUCACGAAGCAUGGCGGCCCGGCGCAAUAUCACCGACGACGACGACAUGUAUGCUGCCCAUGACGACGUGCUACACACGGAGCGCAGCAUGACGGUGCGGGGCACGGCCGACUACAUGGCGCCCGAGGUCAUUGACGCGCGCCAGGGCCGCGCCAGCUACAGCGAAGCCGCAGACAUUUACAGCCUCGCGAUUACGUUCUGGGACGUGCUUCACCCGGGCCGCGAAAAGUACAGCAGUGCCGACAACCAUCUGCAGGUGUUUAGUGUCGUCCUCGACGGGGACCGCCCGCCGCUGCACCCAGACUUGCACCCGCCGCUGCGUAGCCUUCUUGAGGGCAUGUGGGGCGUCUCGCCUGAGUACCGUCCGACGGCGACCGCCGUGGUCGCGUCACUUGAAAACAUAUUGCGGGACAUGUUGCCACGCAUCGCGCAGCGCCUUCAUAAGCUCCUGCAGACGGCCGCGAAGCGGAAAGCGUCGUGGAGCCACGUCGCGGAUGACGCGGUCCUUCUCGUCUCGGGCGAAGAGAUCGCGCACUGCCUCGUCGAGCAUGGGUACGCGAAUGACAUUGGCCUAGCGACACGCCUCGGCAACAGCCUCCUCGACGCUGGCUACGUGCACCAUCUUCGGCACACCAAGCACUUUGAAGCGUCGCCGGCGACCUACUAUUUCGACAUGAUCGAGAUCGAGCUGUGCUUGACGCCUGCCGUCGGUGCACUCGGUGUGACGGCGGUAUCGGCGAUGGACGACGACGACGACGACGCGCAGAUGGCCGUGCUCCUUGAGAAACCGCGGUGCAUGUGUCGGAAGCUGGCGCAAGGCCAUUUUGGCAUGACCAAAGCGAGUUUGUUUCGGCGCCGGCGACACAUGCACGCACCGCUGAGCCACCAUGCACUCACGGUGCAUCUCCUCAACGAGGUCGGCGAAGAAGAAGCCGUCGUCGUCUCGCGCACGUAACACAUGUUGAGAGAUUAGGGUUACUACGACUUGAGUUGGUAAUACUUGUUGGUUCUCGG